GUCGCUCGCUUAUGGUGCUAAGUGCGUUCCUCUAAAAAGUGGGACCUCUGGGCGGGCGGAGACUUCAGCUCUUAUAAAAUAACGAAAAUCUGGCUACUAAACCAAACUCGAUGUUAUCUAAAAGAUUUGCUGGAGGCGUGACAAAGCAAAUAUACGUACAUAUCUACUUACUUAUUAGGUACCUGAUUAAAGAUAUAAUAACUACAGAUUCAUCUGUAAAGUUGGCAGUACAUAGGUAUUUCUCAAAGAAAAAUGUCGUAUGAGUGGAAAAAUAAAGUCGUAAUCAUCACUGGUGCGGCAAGUGGCAUUGGAGAGAAAGUUGUACGGUGUUUGUUACAGGAAGAUGUCAAGCACAUUUCAGUUCUAGAUGUCAACGAGAAAGCCGGUGUUGCCCUGCAAAACGAACUGAAUUCGAAAUAUGGAGCAAAUAAAAUAAAAUUUUACAAAUGUGACGUCACCAAAGACGAUCAACUCUUUGGAGCAUUUGCAUCGGUUAAAGAUGAUCAGGGUUACUUGGAUGUGCUUAUCAACAACGCUGGAAUAAUGAAUGAUUCUUUGCCUGUCUAUAAGAAGGAAAUUGAAAUUAAUGUGACAGCCUUAGUGUCAGGGACUCUGAAAGCCUUGGAGAUUAUGCGGAAGGACGGAGGUGGCAGGGGUGGUACUGUGAUCAACAUAUCUUCUGUCGCUGGUUUGACUAAGAUGCCUAUGAUGCCCAUAUACUGGGCCACUAAGGCUGCUGUCUUACAAUUUAGUAACUGCAUCGGUCACGAUGAUUACCACGCAAGAACCGGUGUUCGGCUGCUUUCCAUCUGUUUUGGAGCGACAGAAACGGCUUUGCUUACCAAAUUAGCGACUUUCGACAAACAAAUGAACGACGUUUUGGAACAAACUUGUAGAAAGUAUCCAGUGCAAAGUGCGGAAUCCGCCGCUCGCGGGCUGAUAGAUGCUUACAAGAAUGGUGUUUCUGGCAGCAUUUGGUUGGUGAAUAACAAUAAGCCUGCCCUGGACAUCAGUGACAGAUAUAACAAGUUCUACGAUGACAUGAUGGCGCUUGUUUUUCAGUGAAACUACCAGUUCCGUUUUACAACAGCAAUAGGUUGCAUGGGACUUAAACAUAACUGACGCGGAGUAGGUGUAUACAUAACAUCUUUUUCUACCCCUUAGGGGAUACAGACGUCAUGCUAUAUUAUGUAUUGUAAUGCCAUUUUAAAAUUUUGUUCAAUAAUAAAAAUAUAUAAGUACGUAUUAUUUCGUGAAAAAAGAUGAUGCUGAAAAAAGAUAAAUAUCAGCACGUAUAUCUCCUAAGUUUGUGUUAUUAACUGGGUUAC